GGAAAAUCCGCCAUUGCUUCAAGCUUACAAUCUCGGCUGAUGAAAAAACGUCUCCUUGGUGGAUUUUUCUCUUUUCGCCGAGAUGAUGCAGCUUUGAGCAACCCCACUGCCUUGUGGCGUACUAUCGCAGACCAAAUUGCCAAAUUUGACCCGAUGUUUAAAUCUAUCAUCAUAAAAACUCUAAAGGAUAAUCUAGUUGAUCCCCAAAGGCCGAAUAUUCAUGAUCACUUCGACUCCCUUAUCGUGGAAUCCAUAAAUGCCUACUUCAAGGAGGAUCAGCAGGACCAGAGGUAUCCAGUCUUCGUAGUGGACGCGCUAGAUGAGUGCGGUGAGUCAUCUGAGGAGCCCCAACGAAAGGCUUUAUUGGAGACCCUCACAGAGUGGUCUUCGCUGUCCAAAAUGUUCAAAUUAAUCAUCACUAGUCGAGACGACCGCAUCCCUUCAAAAUUUCGUGAAGCAUGCGAAGAUGUCGUUCUACCCACUGGUGACCAUGUGACUCAUACAGCGACAGAUGAUAUUCGAGCGUUUUUCAACAACCGUUUCGGUGAAUUGAAGGAUAAGUUUCGCACUCUGCGAACUACUGACUGGCCAGGAACUGAGGUUGUCGAACAACUCACAGAUCGUGCUGCGGGCCUUUUCAUUUGGGCAGAAACCGCGAUGCGCUUCUUAGAAAAAGGUGAUCCACAGACGCGACUAAAAAUAAUACGCUCUGGAGGACCUUUAGACAUACAAAAUAGCGUCAAUCAUCUUUAUCAGCAGAUAACAACCAAUGCAUGGGACAGCAUUGGAGAUAUUGGUAAUGUAGUGCAGCCAUUGCUUGGAGCUAUAGUGCACGCAAAAGUUCCACUGUCACUCAAAUUCCUCGAAGAUUUUAUCGCUUCAUGUGGCACUAUGGAUGAUAGCAUUGCUGUUGCAAUUGACCGUGUCUUGGCAGAGUUGACAUCUGUGAUCUCGGUGGGGAAAGACGAGGUUGUUCGCAUAGAGCAUCUGUCCUUUAUGGAGUUUCUUGUGGAAUCGGACUUGUGUCCUGAUGCAUUUCGCAUUCGCCGAGCACGAGGAAUUUAGAUAUGUUGCGGGCAUGCAUGCAGAUUAUGCAGGACCCAGAGGACGGUUUGAGGUUUAACAUCUGUGGGCUCCAGACAUCGUAUCUCCCCAACAGUGAUGUAGAAGAUAUGGCCAUGCGUAUCGAGAAAAAUAUACCUGAUCAUCUGAGCUACUCGUCUCGUUAUUGGGGUGAGCAUCUUGCUCACGCAAAAGCUGCAUUGUUUGGGUGUACAUCACUCACAGGAAUAUUGC